AUGUUAUUAUCAUUUCCAUUCAUAGAUAAUAUAAACACGGAUUUAACAAUUCUUAUGGCUCAGCGGUUGUGUUGCUAUUUAAUUUUCUUUAUCCUUUUUAUUAAUCAUAUUAAUAUGAUAGCAUCAAGUAAUCAAGAUAAUUACUUCAAUCGUCAUAUUGGUUUAGCAUAUAAAAGAAUGCCAAAUAAUCCAAGUAAUAAUCAACAUCAACAGCAAGCAUUUGUCUCGCCGGAAUUUUUAAUAUCCCGUUGGAUGGAAUUAUUCAGCGAACAGAGUAAAAAUAAUGAAACUUAA